UCUUUCUUGCAUUUCUCACUUUAGCCCUUUUUCUUCGCAAGGGGACUAUCUCGAAAUUCGGUCUUGUUUUCACCUGCCUUCACGGAAUUUUCGUAGUCCUUCUUUAUUGCCUCCCCUUUUAUUUCUAAAAUGCGUUACGGCGAUUUCAGAAGCCUGUGUGAGCGCUCGCCGCUGCCCGUCUGCCGGGUGUUUAUUCGAGGCGACGACAGGAAGUUUGUUCUGGACAACUUGGACAUAUGCAGUUUGAAAGAAACGAUAAUAGGUGGAAGCACCAAGAUGUUGAAUAUCCCCGAUUUUGCUAUCUCAAUUGUCGCCUUUCUUGCUACCGUCUAUCUGGGCUUCAAGGCCCAUCGCAAGCUGGCUGCUGUCGGCCGGCGAGAGAUGUCGCUACUCCUGUCGCUGUUCUGCAUCCUGCUUGUGGCCAACCUCGUGGGAUCCGACCUGUGGUUCAAGUCAACCAGGGUUAGCAAAUGGCUGGGUAUUGCCAACACGGCGCUCGAGGUAUCGUUUUUCUGGGCGCUGAUUCUGGUCGGUCUCGUGGGCUUCCAGAUCCUGCCUGACGGCUCGUUUGCAUCGAUUCUGUCGAUUGUCGUAACCACAAUCAUUGUCUUUGUCGGCAUCGGGUACAUUGCCGCUGACACCGCUUUUGGCAUCUCGGACGGCCUGAAGCCAAAGGACAGCGACCCGUUUUACUCGCCGGCGCUGUUCACGGUCUAUCUGGUGUUCCCGCUGGUCUCGAUAGUGAUCUACCUGGCGUCGCAGAUCGUCGUAGUCGUCAAGUACCUGGCUGUGCGCGGUCCGCUGGCGUGGCUGCUUGUUUCGGUCGCGUGCUUCGCACUGGCUCAGGCCCUGAUGUUCGCUGUGAGCCGCAAGAUCUGCACAGGCACGAACAAGAAAAUCGAUGGCGCAUUCUUUGCCACGCUGCUGGACUCGGCGGCCGUGUUCUGCAUCUACGGGUUCUGGGCGGCCAUUACCGAGGACGACAGCGAGGACUAUGCGGGCAUGUACAAGUUCUAAGCGGAGCCUACUUUUUCUUUUGUACAUUUCCGUCGUGUGCUGCGUCCCAUGUCUAUCGUCGCGUAUCGCCCUACCCGCCCUUUUGCCCGGUACUUCUAACCCCCUCCCUCUCUCCACAACGACCUCACGAUCCCCUCUUUCAUCUCAGACCCCACGCCUUUGCCGUCUUUUCUCUAUACUUUUUUGCUACCCUUUUCAAUAAUUUCGCAUUUUGCCUUACAUGUGUUUCCCACUACUAGAAAUACUCUGCUCGCGAUGCGAGCUCGGCUGCUAGUCAGCAUGGGUUCUUCGGUCUCUGGUAGGGCCGCGGGUUGGGAACAUGCCGGAAUGUCUGCUGCAGUGGCCUCUGUUUCAUCCGAUAGCAUCUUCGCUGCUUCAUAUGCAGCCUUCUUGGCCAAUUUUUCGCCCUUUUCUGCUGCUCUCCUUGCCUCUGCUGCUGCCCUCUUUGCUGCGUUGAUCUUGGU